AUGCAACAUUUCAAUUAUCAAAAUAGCAGUAAUCGAACAAUUAUCGUAAUCACACCAACAUACCUGCGACUUGCACGACUGGCUGACAUGACCAGGUUAUCACAAACAUUGAUGCACGUCAGUCAGUUGAUCUGGAUUAUUGUAGAAGAUGCCAUACAUGUAUCGUUAUCUGUAAAGCAACUGCUGGAUCGUAGUGGUCUGGAGUAUUACUAUUUGGCUGUCAAACGUCGACCUGGAAUACCAGCCCGUGGCUGGACCGGACGUGAUGCUGGAUUGAAUUUUGUUCGGAAACGAUUUGCAUCGAUGGGUAACAAAGCGGUGGUAUAUUUUGCUGACGAUGACAACGCUUACGAUGUUCGGCUUUUUAAUCGAUAUAUUCGAAAUGUUGAAAAAAUUGGUGUUUGGGCUGUUGGUUUAGUAGCAUAUAAUGCGGUCGAAGCACCGAAAGUUCUUAAUGAAAAAGUAGUAGGCUGGCAAACAAUUUAUGCACCAAAACGUAAGUGGGGCUUUGACAUGGCUGGAUUUGCUGUAAAUCUUGAAUUGCUCUUGCAACAUCCAAAAGCGGGGUGGGGGAGGAAAUGUCGAGAGCAUUCCCCAGAACCAUGUCUAAUGAAUCAUCUGAAUGUGAGCUGGAAUGACUUGACACCCUUUGGAGUGGAUUCAUGGCCACGUGACAUUCUUGUCUGGCAUACAAAAACCAUUGUUAACAUCAGAAACACAAAUACGUAUGGUUAUAAUGCUGAAAUUUGUCUACUAAAAUUGUUAAAGAAGUUCACAAUCCAUAAAAGUGGACCAGCAAUUGAUUUCUGA